GGAAUUCAGAAGGACUGGUAUGAGGCACUGGCUGGCCUGUGCGGCGUUUGCCUUGGCCGCCCUGCCGCUGGCCACCCUUCUGCGUGCCUACUGGCUGCCGCGCUCCUGCGACACAACCUACCUGUGGGAGGGAUACGAGCAAGUGCCUCUCACCCAGAUACACUCGCGGUAUAGACUGAUCAGGUUCAAGGAUGCCGACCCAGAGCGCCGGGAAGUCUACAAGAAGCUGCAGCGGCUGCACGUGGUGCCUGUGCUGUUUGUGCACGGUCACCUGGGCACGCACCAGCAGAUGCGGUCUGCGGCGUCAGAGACGGGGCGUGAGCUGGCGCGUCGCCUGACUGCCAAUGCCAGCUGGCCGCUGUGGCUGCAGUGGUACAGCACAGACUUCAAUGCAGAGGCCUCGGCACUGGAUGCUGCGCUGCUGGAUAAGCAAGCUGAAUUUGUGGUGCGCUGUAUCCAACACCUCCUCCGGAUCCAUAGCAGCAGCAACAGGCACAAGCCCUUCCGCCUGGUGCUUGUGGGCUACAGCAUGGGCGGCAUGGUGGCACGUGAUGUUGUGCGCCGCCUGUCGGCAUACGCUGCCGAAGGAUUUGACCCAUCCUACCUGGUGGCGCUCGUGUGUCUAGGUUCGCCGCACCACUUUCCCGCAUUCGUGCCACGUGUGCUCCUGAGCACUGUCUUGAAGCCAGCUAAAGCAAAGGAGCAGGCGGCAGCAUCGGUCAUUGCAGCGGCGGCGCCGCGCGUCAACAUCAUGGCAGGUGCCGGUGACUUCAGCCUGCCACUGACACACCCCAGCGCCGCCACGCCUUUGGCGCCUGAAUCCGGCCCCCAGCUGAGCACGUUGAUGCGCGACAUGCCCGGAGUCUGGAGCACUGGCAGCCACAAGGGCAUUGUGUCGUGCAACCAGCUGGCAGGCCACGCCGCAGCGGUGGCGGUAAGCCUGCCACGGCAUGUUUGGCCGCUGAGUAGCGGAGCAUGCAGCAGCGGCAAGGGCGUGGACUUCUCGUGCCUUGCUGUGCUGCUGCUGGGCACCACACCACCCUGGACCCUUCACAUCCAGCCACAGCAGUGCGGCAGCAAGGUUGACAGUCAGGAUCAGGAGAACAUUCUGCCGGCGAUAGUUGGCGUGCAGGCAGGUGCGGGCGCAGCCGACAGCGUGCGGGUGGCAUGGUCAGGCACUGGCUCAGCCAGCAGUGGAGCAGUGCAGCUGUGGGACGGCGUGGCUCCUCUGGGCCAGCUGCUGCUCGUCAGCGACCCACGCUGCGCGUAUGCCCUUCGGCUGCGGUGGGACCUGGGCGGCUGGCUGGGCCUGAGCCUGCGGCACCUGCUCUUUGUCCUGCCCAUCCUGUGCAUGGCCCUCAGCCAGGCGCGCCUGAGCCCCAUGGCCGGCAGCACCGCACGGGGUCUGGACUUCGGUCUCCCUCUGGGCAUGCUGCCUGGCAUCCCCGAGACGCCCAACAUGCGGCUGAAGCAGCAGGCGCCACAGACAGCCACCGAGGGCCACAGCAGUGGACACAGCGGCAGCGGACACCUGAGCCCUCCCGACAGCCCGCCUCAGAAGACAGCAGUUGCCUCUGGGCAGGGGACAUGUGUUGGCGGCAAGCCUGCCACUAGGACGUAUCAGCUGCGCACCCGCAGCUCCUCGCUACGCGCCGCCUGGGUUGAGAUGGAGCCAGAGGGCAAGGCAACCGGUGCUGCUGCAGAGGCAUCCACAGAUAGCGAUGGCGAGGCCGCGCAGUCUGGCAGCGACAAGGAGGAUGAGGAGGAGCAGCAGCAGAAGCAGGAGGAGAAGGAGAAGGCACCGUCACGCAAGCGUGUGGGGCGGCCGCUGGCUUACAACGGCAACCCUGAUGCACCGCACCUCACUGACCAGGAGCGCCGCAAGAUCAAAAGGCGCAUUGCCAACCGGGAGUCUGCCCGCCGUGUGCGGGCUAAGCGAGCGGAGCUGAUGGAUGAGCUGCAGGCGAGGCAGCCCAUGCUGUGCUGCACUGGGCUGGACAAGUACGCCAGCAGCCAGUGGGCAUCACAAUCUGUGUGA